UCUUUCUUUUCUCUCUCUUUUUUUAAAAUAUUUGUUAUUUUCCCAUAUAUUGCUUGACUGGGACACUUAAGCAAACAUCACUACCAUUUCUUGAUCCAUGAACGCACAGUGCAAGCGAUCUUCAUCGUCUUCUGCAAUCACGGACUCCAUACCAUCAACAGUAGUGAAAACCAUGGCACUGCACAUAUAUCAGAUCAGACCCUCUUCAACUCCUUGAACCAGAGGAGUUUCAGUUCAGGCCCACUUGAUCGAUCCGUCCUCCUCUGCUAGGCUAUUUAGACCCCUCACUCACUCUCUGUAUCUCUGCAUUCAAUGCAAGGAAAUGCAGUUGUGGAGCAAUCAGUAAUAUCACAAUAUAUACAUCACCCACUGAGGCAUUCUUGAAAAUGUGUUGACCCAAUUGAAUUGACAGUUGCUGGAGCUUUUCCUGCUGAGGUUCACAAUGCUGGGUGUCAAUUGCCGGACUUCGUCCUCGUCUUGCAUUUCACCUUCGCAUCCGGGUUACCACAGCGUAGCGGAGACUGAGGUGGUAAAAACUGUGCUAAACAUGUCCCCUCGAGUGUCAUCCCAAUCGCAUCCUCAGAUUGUACAUUUGGAGAGGACGCUACGUGGGCACGCUACGUGGCAUUGGGACUCCGAGGAGACAAUGAUGGGGUGUAAUUCGAGAGAAUAUAUUCCUACUACUGCAACUCCGAGUCAUAAGUCCUCUGUGGAACUGAGGAAGGAGAUCGUGAUGCUUGAGGCUGAGAUCAUGCGGUUGGAGCAGUACCUUCUCUCGCUGUACCGAACAGCUUUCGAGGAGCAUAUGUCCUCCUUGUCAAGCAUCUCAGAAACACGGCCGAACAGUGAGAUGAGAUCGCCACCACGGAAGAUUGGGGACGGAAAUGAAAUCUCUCAGAAAAUAGAGCCUCGCGCUAGGAGAAGCCUACUUCGUCAGUACCAAUCUUCCCCUGCACACGGCUGGGUCAGCUCAGAUACUCAGAGCUGUGCUUCAAGUUUUAAAACAACAUUGACCAGGGAGCGCAAGAAUGCAAGUUCAGGCCACCGUAGCCUUGCAGACCACCUUUCACCCUCCUGCUUAGAAUCCUCCCUCAUCUCUCCAGACCGACUCUCCGAGGACAUAGUGAGAUGCAUAUCUUCAAUAUACUGCAAGCUCGCCAACCCUACCAGCACGCAGGGUGGCUUCUCGACUUCUUCACCGACCUCAUCACUUUCCUCCUCGAGCAUAUUCUCGUCCCACAACCCCCGCGACAGUUGGAGCCCCUGCCGGAAUGAGGACAGUUCAAUGCAUCGUGAACUUCAUGUGUUGAGAGAGGAGAACGGACCCUAUAAUGACAUGGUGGAAGUUCUCAGGAUAUGCUUAGAUGAUGAUAGCUUCAAAUUUGCUGCUGCAAUGCUGCAGAAAUUCAGGUCACUGGUUCGGAGUCUUGAGAAGGUUGACCCGAGUAAGAUGAAGCGUGAGGAGAAGCUCGCUUUCUGGAUCAACAUCCACAAUGCCUUGGUGAUGCAUGCAUACUUAGCUUAUGGAACGGGCACUCGUGUGAAGAGCAGCACGAUCUUGAAGGCAGCUUAUAGCAUAGGAGGGCACUGCAUAAACGCUUACGUGAUACAGAACUCAAUACUUGGAAUUCGAUCUCACAACUCUUCGCCGUGGAUACAGACACUCUUUUCUCCCUCGAGAAAAUCGAAGAAUGGGAGUUCAGGACAUGUCUACGCAUUGGAAUACGCCGAGCCACUAGUUCAUUUCGCUCUUUGUUCUGGGGCAUACUCAGACCCACCGGUCCGAGUUUACACGGCGAAGAAUAUAUUCCUCUAUUUGAAGCUUGCCAAAGAAGACUUCAUCCAAGCGAACGUGUACAUCCACAAGGAGAUGAAGAUAUUCCUCCCAAGAAUCCUCUACUACUUCGCAAAAGACAUGGCUCUUCCGACUUCUGGGCUCUUGGAGACAGUGAACGAGUGUCUCUCAGAAGUCCAGCAGAAAGCCAUCAAGUCAGGAAUGAAGGGAGGCAGGCUCGAUAAAUACAUCAACUGGUUACCGGAGAAUUCCACAUUCCGGUACGUCUUCCAUGGGGAAUUAGCCCGAGGAGCAAUCACCGUUUGAUCAGAAAAAAGUUUUCCGUUCCAUCACUCGUGCUGUAGAUUGGCGAAUUUUUUGUUGUUUGGAGAUAAUAAGGAUGAAAAGAGUUUGUACAGAUGUGGAAAGUUCACAUAUGUGUUGUCUUCUCCAGUUUUUGCUUUGGUUGAACACCCAAAAUGUCUUCUUGUAUAAGCUGAAGCUUUCUUAUUUGUAUCUGUAAAGAAUCCUCAGGGCAUUACCUUAUUUUCUGCUAAUGAAAAGGAACAGGUGACCCACUAGAAUCAA